GCGAUUGAUCUGAAGGCCGGCGGGCGGAACAAGAAGACCCACAGGACGGCCCCCAAGAGCCGGAAUCCCUACCUCCUCCUCCUCGUCAAGAUCUACCGCUUCCUGGCGCGGCGCACGGGCAGCCCGUUCAACAAGGUGGUGCUGCGCCGCCUCUUCAUGAGCCGCACCAACCGCCCGCCCGUCGCGCUCUCGCGCGUCCUCGAAUACGGCGAGAACAAGGGCGCGGAGGCGGUGGUGACGGUGGUGGGCAAGGUGACGGACGACAAGCGCCUGUACGCCGUGCGCGAGGGCGUCAAGGUCUGCGCCCUGGCCUUCUCCGCCACUGCGCGCGCGCGCAUUGAGAAGGCGGGCGGCGAGUGCCUGUCCUUCGACCAGCUCGCGCUGCAGCGGCCCACCGGCAACAACUGCCUGCUGCUCCGCGGCAAGGUGACGAGCCGCGAGGCGUUCAAGCACUUCGGCCCCGCGCCCGGUGUGCCCCACAGCAACACCAGGCCAUAUGUGCGCAGCCAGGGCCGCAAGCGGGAAAUGGCUCGUGGUCGCAGGAACAGCCGCGGCUUCAAGACAGCGUCGCACCGUCGAGGCAGUUCAGCGGCACCGAACCUCGCUCCUCGCAACCGUCUCGUUGAAUUCGCCUCUGUGCAUAUCGGUCGACCAUCGGCAAGCCACGCCGCGAGGCCACAGUCGAGCGCAUCAGGCGCGCCGCUCACCCGUUCUGCUUGCGUGCCGCGGGCCAUGGUACCUCGCCCUUUUUCCUCCGUGUCUCCCCCGUCUCUCCUCCGUGUCUCCCCCGUCUCUCCUCCGUCUCUCCCCCGUCUCUCCUCCGUCUCUCCCCCGUCUCUCCUCCGUCUCUCCUCCGUCUCUCCUCCGUCUCUCCUCCGUCUCUCCUCCGUCCCUCCCCCCACCCGCCCUCAACCGCGCGGCAGUCCGUACUCACAGCAGCGGUACGGCGACUACAGCGGCAUGUUCCUCUCGCUGCUCAGGGAUGGCGGACACGCUCAGGGGGAGAAGGCGGCAGGGGAAGGGGAAGCGGGGGAGCGGUGGGACGUGUUCUCCGUGGUGGACGGGCAGUUCCCCUCCGCGCAGGACCUGGAGGAGGUGGAGGCGGUGGUGGUGACGGGCAGCAAGCACGACGCGCAUGCGGACGACCCGUGGAUCCUACAGCUCUGCGCCCUGCUGCAGCAAUUACACCGCCGCCACACCAAGAUCCUGGGCGUCUGCUUCGGCCACCAGGUGGUGGGGAGGGCGCUAGGGGGGCGCACAGGGCGGGCAGCGGCGGGGUGGGAGCUGGGGAUCAAGCCCGUGCACUGCACUGCUGACGUGGCAUCGCUGCCAUAUGCUGCCGGCCUGCCAUCGUCCUUCAAGAUUCUGGAGAUCCAUCAGGAUCAGGUGUUGGAGUUGCCUCCCGAAGCUGUUCUCCUGGGAUCGUCACCGCGCACGCCCAUUGAGAUGUUUGCUAUAGGGGAGCAUGUGUUGUGCAUGCAGGGACACCCCGAGUUCACUAAAGACGUAGUGGAGGACCUUGUAGUGAAUCGAACCAAAGAUGGCAUUAUUCCU